AUGAAGGAGUCGCACCGGCAAGGCCGCGGCCGCCGUGGCUCGCAGCUCGGCGACGAUGACUUGCCUUCGUCUGCCUACGACACGCCGCCGCGCCGCCAGGAGGACUCGGACGGUGACGAUUCCGACGAAGCAACAGCAGAAGACGAACGCGACGGAGGCGCGGAAGAAGGCGACCGCCUGGGCCAGUGGCAGGUCGGCUCCAUGCCUUCCAAGUUCCACCUGAACCAGCUUUCCGUGCAGGUAACUUCGCUAGCUUCCAUCGUAUCUUGGAUCUGUGAAGGUCUCCGUGCUCACAACCUGUUCGACGAAAUGACGAUGUGUUGUGCUUUUGUGGCCAGUCGCCAAAAGGGGACAUCAGCUACCCUGCUGUCAAUUUCGCUAACUCUUUGGCCGCAUACUGAGUGGCUUCGCACUGAUACGAGACGAACAGCAGUGGGCUUAGACUUUGACCGUGAGUCACUUGAGUGGUGUCUUGAGAACAACCUGAGCAAGAUUGGAGCUGAUGGGUAUUUGAGGUUGUUGCUUUUUGAUGGAAAUAUUCUGCAGCCAAAUGAAUCUCGCCUUGUCAAGCAAAAGAUCAGUGAUCUCGUGCAAGGUCUAAAUUUUACCAGUGAUGAUGGCUCUACUGAAACGAACAGCUGCGAGCAGUCAGAUUCUUCAUUUACGAAAUGUGAAGCCAAUUCGACCAUGUCAGAUGCAAUUUUGCCUGGAAGAGACAUAAUUUGUGCAUUCAACUACAGUUGUUGUUGCCUUCACAAGAGAAAGGACUUGGUUUUGUAUUUCAGGCAUGCUUUCAAUGCACUUUCUGAAAGAGGCGGUACAUUUGUAAUGGAUGUAUAUGGUGGCACGUCAUCUGAAUGCAAGCUUCGUUUCCAGAGGAGAUUCCCCAGCUUCACUUAUUUCUGGGAGCAAGAAGAGUUUGACAUCAUAACUCGUGAAACAAGGAUCAGCCUCCACUUUCAAGUUGGAAAGAAGCAAAUGAUACGGCAUGCUUUCACGUACCAUUGGCGCCUGUGGUCGAUACCGGAAAUCAAGGACUGCCUGGAGGAAGCAGGAUUUAAGUCCAUCCACGUCUGGUUCAGGGAGAUGCCAGACACCAAAUCAAGCGGAAACGCCAGGGAGUACACUGCCGACCGCGACGUGAAGUACGAGGAGCUCCAGCGUUUCAACCAGGCAGACCUUGGAACGCGUACAUAG